UCAAACCUUCUCCGUGUGAGAAGAGGUUUUGCUCAGCAGUGGGUAUUUAUAGGCUGUGAUGUGAUGUGAAAUAUGAUGAUGGACGAAUUAUUGAAAUCUUUUUAUGUGUACCUGGCUCGAAAUGUAUUUACUUCAGAAACUAUACAAGAUUCGCCGAAAGGAACUAUUCUUCUUGGAAAGUUUAAAGAAACUUUCUUGACCAGCAACGAUGAGCUCUUAUUGCUUAUGAAUAAAACAAUCAAUACAGAAAUAUUAGAGAGUAAGAAGUUAAAUGAUCAUAAUUAAUUUUUCGAAUGCAGAAAUAUGUCAAUGUACGUACAUACAUGGGUACAUCAAUAAUUUUCAAAAUAUUGAGAAGUUGAAUUGAAUGGCUCAUAACCUAAUGGCGGAUAAUAAUACAGAUUUUGAAAAUAUACUUCUGCAAAAUGCACUCUUAUUUACGGCUAUUAGAAAACAUAAAACAGAAGAGGAAAAGGUUAAAACAGUGAGUAAAUAUUUGAAUCAAUGCGCUGACAUCAAUUCCAUGGAUGCCAAUGAUGAAUUCAAUACACCACUGCAUGUUGCAGUAUUAAAAGGAGAAAUAGAAGUUGUGAAAUUCCUCGUAGAUAAAGGAGCAAGUAUUACUUUGACAAAUAGUAAUGGACAUACAGCAAUUGAUAUAGCUACAAUUUUAAAACCAUCUAAAAGUUUAGCCAUUGCUAAGUAUUUUAGGACGCUGUUGAAAGAACAAUGUGCUAAUUUUCACAAACAAGUUUAUACACCAAAUGAUGAUACAAAGUCGGAUGCGGCGAAUAAACACACAACAAUGCCAUUGAUUUACUGCAAAAGAAGCGGAACUUCAGCUCUCAGUGGUCAGCGUUAUGAGACAAAACUUCUGAGUCUUAUCUUGUUGAGAGCUUUGCAUGACAAUGAAAUCACAGAUUUUUACUUAGGCGUCAACCUAAAAAUGCUGCCGAUAACCUUGAAUGGUAUUUAUAUAAAAUAUAAACUGAAAAAUUGUGAAAAAUGGAAAAUAAUACUUCUUCAAGUUCAAAACAAGGACGAUCCAUCAAAAGAUAAAGUUACAGUUGACAGCAUUCUCAAAUUAAAAGGGGAUUUAAGUUUGUAUGCAUAUUUAGCGGGUUAUCAAAAUUUAUGGCCAAAAUCACUCGCUGAAAACGAUUAUGAAAUUGUUGCUUUUACGUCUGCGCAUGAAAACUUUUAUAAAAAACAUACUGUAAAUAAUACAGAUAGUACUCGAUUUCUCACAACUCAACAAGCUACGUAUUUAACCAAGACGUGCAAGUUUUAUGAAGAAGCUGGAAAAGAUAUACUCGAGACACCGUUACUUAGUUUCUUGGAUACCAUUUACCGCGAAAAAAUCAAGAAAGAAAGAGCCACUUUUGAACGAGAUGUAGUACAUUCAUUAGUCCUUUCAAAGUUCUUACAGAGCGGCCAUCUUCAACUCAUUUAUUCAAAUGCAAUAGAUUUCACAUGUAUUAAAAUAUUUCAAUAUUUUAAUGAACUCAACAUGAAUGACCGUUAUUUUUUCAUUGAUUUGGAUUUCGUGAUACUCAAAAAUUAUUUUGAUGAUUUGAAAUCUGAAUUAAAUGAAACUAAAAUGCCAUUACUAAUAGUGGUGUGUCAAGGUAAUAUUGGUCAAGAGAAGUUAAUUGAAAAAUUAAAA